AUGAAAUUAUCUUCUCCAGAUGGUACGUUCCUAGCCACGGUUACUGAAAAAAUUUCAAUAUUUUGGCCAGCCAUAAAUGAAAAUGUCACAUUUAUUGUGGCAGAUUUUGACAAUUUCCCUAUCAUCUUAGGAGCAGAAGUUGCUAAGAAAUUCCUUAAAUUCCCUGAUACUAUCCAAGAGUGGAAUGAUGAAACAAUGAAACUGCAGGAUCCAAUACCCACACAAGCUGAUACUGAUACUAGUCCAAUGGAUAUUGAUUUGGUCGUUGAUACUUAUUUAGAUGAGGUUGACAGUUUGGAAGAGAACUUGGAAGAAAGAUUUGUCCUGUCUUUGAUGUUAUCCCAUAGUUCCUUGUUCCCGACCAAAUCCACAAAAUCUUUUAGUAUAGAUCUUAAUAAACAAUUACUGAAUGAAAAUCUUGUAGUUUCCAAUAUAACAACAGAGCCAGAUACUCAAUUUCAUCAUAAUGAGAAAGCACAAACACUAUUGCAACAACUUCUUAUCGAAUAUAGUGAUACAGUGAACAAUGAACCAUUAAUGCUUCAAAAACCAACACACGCUUAUUACCAUGACAUCAAACUUAAAGAUGAGAAUGCUAUGGCCUACCGGAAGGCAUACAAGAUACCACUUCGUUAUUCGGAUGAAUUGCAACGACAACUUAAACAAUAUCUUGAUGCUGGUUUUAUUGAGCCAACAGUAAGUCCGUUUGGUGCUCCAAUUGUCAUGGUACCCAAAGCAAAUGGGGAGGUACGGUUAUGUAAUGACUUUCGUGGUUUAAACAAGCUUACUAUUGCUGAUCAUUUCCACCUCCCCAAUAUGGAAGAGUUGCUAAUGGAGGUGAAGAACUCCACGUACUACUCCAGCAUAGACCUUUGUCAAGGCUAUCAUCAAGUUCUCAUUAAUGAAGCAGAUAAGGAAAAAACUGCGUUCCAUACCCCCUUUGGUAGUUUCCAUUGGGUGGUUAUGCCGUUUGGGCUCAUCAAUGCCCCGGCAUCAUUCCAAAGAAUGAUGGAACAGGUUUUUAGGGAAUACAAUCAUGACUUUAUGUUAAUCUAUUUGGAUGAUUUAAUCAUUUAUUCAAAAAAUCUUAAGGAACACUUGGAACAUUUGAAGUUGGUAUUUGAUACACUUAGAAAAGCUAACCUUCGGGCCAAAUUGAAAAAAUGUAAAUUUAUGUGCAAAACUAUCACAUUUUUGGGUCAUCACAAAUAA